CUCGCUUGGUCCACGAUAAGCCCGUCGAGGCGGGGACCCAAAGCAGUAUAGCCUCAGCUUCCCUCGCCAACCCUAUAGAGUGACUCACAGCACCAUGCAUCAACAAAACCACGAGAAUCUCCUGAUCCCCACUCAAGCUCCUGUCUCUGUAUCUUCCAAUUCUCCGCGCAAAGCAGACGGAACCAAAAGAGAAAAUGUCCUACCUCCAAUCCGCCCGCCUCACCUACCGCGCCCUGGAAGACACCCCGGAAGACGAAGACUUCCUGCACGCCAUCCAAUCCGACCCAGAAGCCUACUCCAACUCGACGCCCGCCUUGCCCAAACCGCAAGCCAAACGCGACACCGUCAAUGGGUACAAGAAGUCCCUGAUGGAGCGGGCGCUGCUGGCCGCCAUCAUCGUGCUGCCGCAUCCCCCGUCGAAUGGCGAAUCCCUUACCUCCAAUGCUGCAGAGGAUACCCCGAAGAUGCAGACGCAGACGCAGACAGCCACCCCCGGGACGCCGAUCGGAGUGAUCUCCCUCCGCCGCGAGGGCGGGGACUACGCCCACCACCGCGGUACCUCCAUCACCAUCGACAUCGCCCGCGGGUACCGCGGGCAGGGGUACGGCAGCGAGGCGAUCAACUGGGUGCUGCACUGGGCGUUCCGGCGGGCGGGGCUGCAUCGCGUGGAGAUCCAGGCCCUGGCGUACAAUGAGGGGGCGGUGCGGUUGUAUGAGCGGUUGGGGUUCAGGUUGGAGGGCCGUCGGCGGGAGGCGUUCUGGCACGAUGGGAAGUGGUAUGAUGAUGUGGUGUUUGGGAUGUUGGAGCGGGAGUGGGAGGAAAGGCAGGAGCGGGUGCAGUCGGUAUAGAUCGGGAGAUGAAGAUGAUGAAGGGUUUGUAAAGCAAGAGGAGCUGGAGAAAUACGGUGUCUGGGGUAUCAUCCUUACCCUCUGCGAUGUUUUGUUCUUCCAUUUUCCUUGGACCAGCUCUUGAAAAAAGCUGUACAUAGAUUAGAUGGAAGCUGGGCGGCAAAGAAGUGGCAUUAUGGUAAAUGAUUGUAUAUACUCAAGGACGAUAACUGACUUUGUUCAUCUCACGUCCCAGUCAAAGGCUGCUUGUACACCACCCCGUCCACCGUCGUGACGAGGGUCCCGUUGGCCACGAACACAUUGAGCAUGGCAUCGUCGACGACGUGAAAC